ACCCUAGAACUUAAAAAUCAAACAAUCAUCACAGAAUUCAUCCUUUUGGGUUUUAGUAAUAUCCAGGACAUGAACAUUUUCCUGCUAUUGGUGUUCUUAGUGGUCUAUCUAAUGACCAUGGUUGGAAACAUCCUAAUUAUUGUGCUUGUUGUGGCUGACCAACAUCUUCACACUCCCAUGUAUUUCUUUCUGGGAAAUUUAUCCUGCUUGGAGACCUUCUACAGUUCAGCUAUUUUGCCAAGAAUGCUGUCUAGUUUGCUAACCAGAGACAGAACUAUUUCAGUCACAGCAUGCUUUGUGCAACAUUACUUAUUUGCUAAUUUAGCUGCUGUUGAAUGUUAUCUUCUUUCUGCAAUGUCCUAUGAUCGAUAUUUGGCUAUAUGUAAACCUCUUCACUAUGUGUCCCUAAUGAGUGGCAAAUUAUGCCUACAGAUGGCAUCUGGGUCCUGGAUAGCUGGUUUCCUCGCUAGUACUAUAACAAUAAUAUUAAUGUCAAGACUAGUUUUCUGUGGUCCUAAUGAGAUCGACCAUUUCUUCUGUGAUACCUUUCCGAUUAUCCAGUUGUCUUGCAGCAACACGUUUUUUUUAAGAACAUUGAUUUUAUUCUUUGUAUCUGUGUUCACUCUUCCCCCAUUUACACUAACCUUAAUGUCUUAUAUGUACAUCAUGAUUGCCAUCCUAAAAAUCCCGUCCAUCACUGGAAGGAAAAAGGCCUUUUCUACCUGUUCCUCUCACCUCAUUGUGGUGACAAUUUACUAUAGUACAAUAGCAGCUGUGUACGUCUUACCAGGCUCCACCUCUCUCAAAGACUUGAAUAAAACCUUUUCUGUCUUCUACACUAUCCUAACGCCUUUAGUCAAUCCCCUCAUAUACAGUCUGAGAAACAAAGAUGUAAGGGAAUCUCUUCAGAGGUUUGCCGUCAUAGCAUGGGUCAGAGAACUCAGACAAUGA